CUUCGAUCGCGUGCAGAGGUGUUUGCGGUGAUCGAUCGCCACAAAUUUGAUAUCUGCUGCAGUGUUCAGGCGUUGAACUUCAUCUCUAAGUUUCUGCGAUGUAAUACGAACAGGUGCUCUUUCUAGCCGUGUCGAUGGAUUUUCGCUACCUGCGGGCCAUCUGAUAGGGUGCAAUAAAAAAUCAGAAAUUGAGCGAUAUUUUCAGGUCCUUUUUUAGAGAUUUGGUUAGUUAUAGCUGUAUGGUACAUGUAUAGCAAGACCAUUCAUGGACACUGACAAACAGAAUACCCCAGGUGCUAGCAGUGCUACACCAUCCACCUCCAAGAGAACAGCUUCAGAGGCCUUUGAGGGUUCACCUACAAGUGAAGGUGCUGAUAGUACAGUGCCACAACCAAAGCGGAGAGUUUCAGAGGCCUUUGAAAGCUCAUUAAGUGAAGCUUCAGAUGGAGAAUUUGACACUGAAAUUGUCUUUGCCUUAGAUUAUUCCUCAAGUGUGUCAGAUGAAAACUUCCAAAAGGAAGUAAACUUUGUCAAACAAUUGGCACAGUCUUGGGAUGUUCCCUCAGAGGAUUCCAUAGUCACUGUUGUGUAUGGGCAUAGUGCCAAAGUAGUAACAUUGGAUCCUGGCAAAGACAACUCUUCUGUUGAAUUAACAGAAGUGAGACCUGAAGCAUGGAUUGAAAGUGGAAGAAGAAGAAUGGAUCAGGCCCUACUUAAGGUUGCUGAUUAUUUCAGAGGGAGGUCCAAGCAUGAUCAGAAUGGGCUUCAUCAGCUUGUCAUUCUAGUGACAGCUGGUAAGCAGGUAUCAGGCACUGAAUGCAAUGAAGAUAACCCUGCUCCCCUUGUGUCAGCAUAUGAGAAACUCUCCUCUGAAAACAUCAAAAUUGUUGUUGUGUCAGUUGGCUUGGCAGCUGAUUUCAAAGAGCUUGGUCACUUGGUGAAGAGGCCACAUUUUUUGUUCCAGCUCUCCAGUUUUGAUGAUAUGACACCUGAAGAAGCCCAGAGUAUGGCAGCAUACAUGAAGAAGACAACAGACAUUGAAGCCUAUGCGAAAAAGCAAUUUGACCGCUUCAAAGGUAUCCCCCAAAAGUCAGGUUUGUGGGAAAAUAUUAGCCUUUGUUCUGAUGUCAUGGAAGGAGCUUGGUACUUACUGUACGAUGAUCAGAAGCAGAAUAAACACGCUGGAAUCAAGAAGAAGAUACGAGAAAAUAUUGACAAUUUUCAUAGCAAACUUGUAACAGAAAGUAAGAUUACUGUUUUAGUUGAUGUGUUUGGGCCACUCGGGGCUGGUAAGAGUUUUUUCCUCAACUUUCUUUUAAAUUGGGGUUUACCUGAUGAACAUAAGGUGGAAAAUGGGCCCCUUCCUUCAGCAUCUGGAGGUAGCCAAACACCAAUUCCAAUUUAUGUAAAACAUGGUAACAAUGUUCAGGUGUUGUUACUCAAAAGUAACAAAGAUGAAAGUAACAAAAGUCCCUCUGUUUGGUUUCCCAAAGAGGAACUGGGUAGAGGCACUUUAGCCCGUGUAAGGGAUGAGCUCGAAUCCAAGUUUGAGGAAAUCCAUUCAAAGUUUGAGAAAGAUAAAAGAUUGCCAGAUGCGACUUGCAUAGAAAUUCAGGGACCAUUUCCAGUGUUCCGUGAUUUGAACUGUAAUGUUCACGAGAGCGACAGGACAAGCUCGGGCCAUCCACAGCUAGGCGUUGCGCUUGAUGUGCAAUUCGUAGAUUUACCUGGACGCGGUGAUCCAAUUGGAGACGAUACAAUCAAUGUGGAGCUGAACAAGGCUGAUACAAUUUUGUUUUUUAGUAGUAGUCAGUCGGGGAGACAAGUUUCGUCGCAAGAUAUCGCAGACAUAUUUAGCAGGCGUAACAACUGGGAGUUUACAUCGCGGCCCAAACUCAUUCAUGUAGUUAAUGACAGAGAACCACCACACACACCCUCACCCAACUUCGAUCUUUUGCACGAUGAAAAAAAAGAAAACCUCAAGAAAGGAUGGGAGAGCUUUUUCAAGAAUAGCACAGGAGACAAUGGAGUCUACAAAAAGGUAAGGGAGAACCUUCCUCAGCUGAGUGCUGAAGUCCUUUUGGAGAAAUUGUCCAACGAGAGUGACGCCCUUUAUUUCCACUCAGGUAAUCCUGGCUUUGUAAAAUCCUUAAAAGAAUUAAUUGAUGACCAUGUUCAGACCGUGAGAAUGAAAGAAAUGAUCCACCCAUUUUUGAAAAAAGUCCAUUUUGUUGCGAAAAAGCUCAAACAGCGAACGGGUGACACCCGCCACAGACAGAAGAAAAAACAGGAACCAAUUACUGUUAACGUUGGAGAAACGCCCUUUAUAAUGCUUGGUGACAUAGAUGAAGCGAUUGAGCUGAUCACUUCCUUUAUAGACGAAACACCUCUUCCACUGGAGUUGGAUAUUAAGAGCUUGCACCACUUCCUAUACAACAAUUUUUUGGUUUGGAAUAAAACGCAGGUGUUUCUUCAAGAUACUUUGAAGGCGUCAUUGGAAAACUUCACUUCUCAACUGAUUGCCAAUAGUUCCACUUUGCAAGACGUGGAGGCAGGUCUCCUAGAGUUGGUAGAGAUGCUGUGCAAGGAUAAAGUCCAGCAGUAUUGUGUCGAUACUGCACCAGCAUACCUGCUGCAUGUUUUGGGCAAAAGGAAGACUCGAAACCCAUUUGGCAAAGCUACAACGAAGCGUUGGUCAAGUGCCAGUAAAGAACAAAAGCAAGACCAAUAUCAUGAAUUGCUUUACCUUCUGCUGAUGCAUACUUUAGAUGCUUUCAAGACAGGUACUCGUGACAAACAAUACAAGAAAUCUCAGUUUUACCUCAUGGAGCAGCUGAAGGAGGUUGUCAGAGAAGGGCUUGCUGUCAGAUUUGUCAGUGAAGCUUUCAAGGCUCAUUGUUUGAAAUCACUGAAUGAAAAGUUACCAAAGAUAAUUGAAUUCUGCAAUCUCUCCAUACGGGAAAUAAACCCUCACCCCAGCUUAGAUGUUAAAAAAGAUCUUUCUCUGCCAGAGAAAAUGGUAGCUACCCGUGAAAACACCCAAAGCGAACUGCAGUGUGGACAUGAAGAAAUCAUCAAGGAAAUGACAGAUCUACUUAAUGCUCCAACCAAAGGAAAACGGCUUCCGAAGAAAGCUGACAUCAUUUACCUACUAGAGACGAGGUUGAAAUUUAAUCAUGGUGAUUUGAGACUUCGCCAAUCACAGAGCGAAGAAGAACAGCGAUUGUGGGCAAAGGCUUUGCUGAAUGUUCUCAGCAACGAGGAUCACUUUGAUGUCAAGCUUGACCCAAAUUUAGUCCUAAACCAGGGUGAACUAGAAGUACAGAAACUUUUUGGUCUGGCACGAAAACGCCUCUUUGCCCAUCGAAAGUCGCUGGUCACCAGCAAAAUCAAUGAAGACCUAUCAUUGCCUGGAAACGAGAUUCACUUGAGGAAGAAUGCUCAAGAAAACUGUCUUGAAGUACUUGUCUCCGCUGAAAUGUCCAACAAGCUUCAUACCAUUCGUGAGGAAUUUAAAGAUCCCUCAAACCAAAUAGCGCCAAUAUUCAUCCCGACAAUCCGACCAGGUCCAACUACAGACAUGCAAGGAAAUUACUUUUUAGAAGAAGAUCCUUGGAGUAAAAAUGACUCUUCAGAAGAGGAGGAAGUGGAAGGGAUGGAUGCAGAAGGAAAUCAAGACAGUGGGUUAAACAUAUUCCUUGUCGUUGAGCCACAACAUUUAGAAACUUUUAAAACCACAAUAGCUGGCCUCCAGGUCCCAUCAGCAAGCAAUAUCAACUUGAUGUACAUUGUUUUGCCCCAGAGCGGACGAGGAAUUGGUGUAACCAGAGCUAUUAUUAAAAGCCUAGCAGAAUGUUUAAAGUUUUCUCUGUACUGGACCAUAGAUGAUGACAUCCAGUUCAUGUAUCAGUUUGAUGCAAAUGAUCGUAGGUGGCAUAAGUGCUCAAUUACCAGGGGCCUCUUGUUUGGACAGCGCGUUUUUCAAACAUGCCUGGAAAAGAAUGUGAAUGAACUGUCACAAAAGGAUAAAAGAAAGCUGGUUAAAGAUGUCAGGAGUAUAAUUCCAUCUUGGGCUGAAGAGACACAAGACCGUGCUAAUGAACUUCUAGUUGAUCAGAUGUCUUUUGCUCAGGUCCAAAAGAACCCCGCCCUUUUGCAUCUUCCAUUCCAAAACAUCAGUGAAGACUGUGGUGGAGAUGCUGAAAGGGAAAAAGAAUUAAGAGCUUCUGAACAGCGUUUUGAAGAUGAGUGCAGAAAUCGUCUGUUUGGAGGUGCUGACAAGCGCAUUGCUGGCGUGUCCCUUCCUCAUGUAUCAAGCAGACGCUCUGACUACGUGAGUAAAUAUCCAGACGCAGAUUAUAUGCCCAGCGACCAGCGUUACCAGAUUGUGUUAAACAAUGCUUGUGCCCUAAAGGGAAGAAACUUUGUCACAGACGAGAUGAUCUUCCUUGACGAAGAAUUCCAAGUGUACGACAAGGACAAACGUAAUAGCCCUCACUGGGGGAUAAGAGGUAGUGAUAAGUCUUUCUCACGUGCACUCAAAGUCAGUGGUGUGAUUGGUUAUAAAGUUAUUAGAAUCGUUCAUGACCACAAGAAGCUGAAGAAUGUCUUUGACAAGGUAGGUCCUUCUUACAUUGGAUCUCAGUCCCCCCACAGGUCCGAGGAUGAGGAUGAUGAAAAUGAGGAAGAUGUUUGAUAUCGGCGCGGGUGGCGAGUCGUAUCUGGCAAUACAAAGCUGCCUAAUUACUUUGAACAUUUUGCAUUUUCUGUAACCUGAUUACACUAAUACAGACGUCUUAGGUCAUCACAGGAAGCUUAUGUUUGUUUGCCAAAUUAUCAAAUUCGCACAACUUUAGGUGAAAAGGCGUAUUACUGUCCAAAGAGAACCACAAAUGUGUUGUCUUAGAUGUACUUUAAAAUGUUUGCUGUAUGCGUUUGUUGUAUGCAACAGGUGUGACUUCCGCUAAAUUGCAUACAUUGUUGAUUAACUAAUUGUAAACCAAUGUGCCUCUGCCUCAAUAACAAAUCCUCUUUCUCUGUAUGAGGUUAAUGUGACACUUUGUAGUGUUUCAAGAAAGGGGCUUUUAAAGUCAGUUAAGGUUUUAGAUUGACACGUGUUUAAU